AUACCACUGUCUCGAAUAAAUUGUUGUCACGUAAAUAGAACAAUUUUUAAGCACUAAAAUAAUUUGUAUAAUUUGUUGUUGCCAUUUAGAAGAAUUGGACAACGAUGGCCAAUCCGGAAGGAUCAUCUAGUGGCGGCCGCAGCCCGCCUGCAGCUGGACAUGAUGCCGACAUUUGGGCCGCCUACCCCCCCUGGAAUGCGACUUGCACAUGCGACAACUGUACGCGCAGUGUGCCAGUGGCGGUGGGUCAACUUUUGUGUGUAACAUUUGCCUGGGAACCGCAAGCGAUGCCGUGGUCACCAUUUGCGGCCACUUGUUCUGCUGGCCCUGCCUGACCCGGUGGCUGACGUCUGGUCCCAAUCGCAAGAUCUGCGCCGUCUGCAAGGCGGCCGUGGACAACAGCAAAAUCAUUCCAAUUUAUGGACGCAAUAGCACACGUCCGGAUGAGUAUGCUCGCGAUGGUCUUGCCCCACGCCCCACUGGCGGCAUCCCCGCUCCACCACCACGCCCAUCAUCGCAGUUUGUUACAAUUACAUUUUGCAAUGGCCUCAACGUGUCGCUCGGCUAUGGAAACUUUCCAUUCGGUCUUAUACGAAUUUCAUUCAAUUACGUGGAGCGGGAGCCGGAGCCGAUCCGGAUCAGGAAUUGGAUUCUCCUGGCAUCAACGACCCAGUGCAAAUCGGAGACGAACAGAUACUGA